AUGGUGGCGGAGGACUAUCUCUCUGAUCAAGAAAUCAGGGACUUGGGUACAGAGUCUCAGGCUCCCUUCAACCCAAAACCAUCAAUCGAAGUGACCCUGGAGGAGUAUGACGAGUGGUGCAAGUCAUGGAAACAGACGCUGAUUGUGAAGCCUCUAGGUAAGAGGAUUAACCUUCAAACUAUGGAAAGAUGGAUAAACAGUAGAUGGGGUAGAAAUGAGGCUAUCCGAGUGAUGGAUUUCGAAGAAAGGUUCUUCAUGGUUCGAUUCUCUUGUCAAGAGGAUUAUGGAUAUGCCCUUUUCGAAGGACCAUGGAUGAUUGCUGACCAUUAUCUGUUAGUGCAAAGAUGGAGACCAUUGUUCAUCCCACAAAAAACAGAGGUGCAGAAAUUGGCCACCUCGGUGAGAAUUUCGAAUCUCCCGACAGAGCCUUACAACAAGCAUUUCCUUUGGAAAGUAGGGAUGUCCUUGGGAGUCAUGCUUCGUGUCGAUGAGCUCACCUCAAUCCAUUCCAGAAGAAAAUUUGCACGUAUAUGUGUGGAAAUAGAUCUUAGAAGAAAGCUUGUUCCAUCAUUCACUGCCCUUGGCAAGGAUUUCAAAUUGGAAUACGAGGGACUCCACCAAAUUUGUUUCUCUUGUGGAAGACAUGGACACAAAAUGGACGGGUGUGUUGAAUUGGCAGAAGAGACCAAACAAGAUGCAGAAAAACAUGGUGAAGACUCUAACCGGAGACACCACAGAGGGGGUGACAAUGCCGGAAACCUGAGACAAGGGAAGUAG